AGUCGGUGUAGGAUAGAUCGUCUUUUCCACCGGCUGAAGAUCUUACAGACAGAGAUGCUGCAAAUUUCUCAGUGGUUUCUUGAAGGUCCUCUUCAGCAGAUCUGGACAGAACCAGGACAUGGGUUCUUGGGGGACUGGGUUACUGGAAAGAAUUCAGUGACUUUUCUCUCAUAAAAUCCUAAAACCGGGUUCUGUUCCAUCAGAAGAAGAUCCUUCUGUAGGAAAACAAAAAGCUAUCUGGACUCACUGCAGAAAUCUCUGGUAACGCUUCAUGAUGUUUGUCAACUCUCAUGGAAGUAUCUGAAGAUCUUCUGAGGAUCAAGAGGACACCAGAGACUGGUGGUAAUGACUGAGUCCAUCAUGCAGCCAGAAACCCACAACCACAUUAGGAACCAAAAGUGACUGAAGCAGUAGACUCUUUAGCAGCUGGUCCAGAACUUCUGUGGGUCUUGCAGAUGUCUCUGUUGCUCGUUCCUCUGAGAUGUUUGCCUGGUGAAGUCUGAUCCGGAUUUCUGAGCCGGAUGUUCUGACUGGACCUCCAGGAGAAGGUGCAGCUGCAGAAGCAGAUCCACGCAGGAGCCUCUGAGCUGACCUCACAGUGGGCGUCGCCAUGGGGGACAAAUCUUACCCAGAAUGUCGAAGUCAGGAGCUGUUUGACGAGUUUGUGUCGGCGUCGACCUGCAAGGCGGUGCUUCAAUGCUUCAGCCAGCUCUGUGAGCACCUGCAGCUGGACUCCAGCGCCCCCCAGAGGCCGCUGUACCAGCCGCUCAAGCAGCGGCUCAACUACUGGAGAGCCAAUGCUCUAUGGGCCAAACUGGACCGGAGGGCCGCACAGCCGGAGUACCGGAGGGCCCGAGCCUGCAGCCACAUGACGUGUGUGAUCAUCGGGGCGGGGCCCUGUGGUCUGAGGUUGGCGGUGGAGCUGUGCUUCAUGGGCGCACGAGUGGUUGUGCUGGAGAAGAGGGACUCAUUCUCCAGGAACAACGUGCUCCACCUGUGGCCCUUCACCAUCCACGACCUGCGGGGACUCGGGGCCAAAAAGUUCUACGGGAAGUUCUGUGCAGGAUCCAUCGACCACAUAAGUAUUCGUCAGCUCCAGCUGGUCCUACUGAAGGUGGUGCUGAUGCUAGGAGCUGAAGUCCACGUGAACGUGGAGUUCAAGCAGCUGCUGGAGCCUCCGGAGGAGCAGCUCCAACAGAGGAGAGGCUGGAGGAUGGAGGUGAAUCCAAAGAACCACCCACUCAGUCAGCUGGAGUUUGAUGUCAUCAUUGGGGCAGACGGGCGCAGGAACACACUGCCGGGUUUCAGAAGGAAAGAGUUCAGGGGGAAGCUGGCCAUUGCAAUCACAGCAAACUUCAAGAACAGGAACACUUCAGCAGAGGCCAAGGUGGAGGAGAUCAGUGGCGUGGCCUUCAUAUUCAACCAAAGGUUCUUCCAGGAGCUGCAGGAGGACACGGGGAUCGACCUGGAGAACAUUGUGUACUACAAAGACGACACUCACUACUUUGUAAUGACGGCGAAGAAGCAGAGCCUGCUGGACAAAGGAGUCAUUCUGCAGGACUUUGCGGACACGGAGCAGCUUCUCUCUCGGGAAAACGUAGACCAUGAUGCUUUGCAGGCGUACGCCCGAGAGGCUGCAAGCUUCUCCACCAAUCACCAGCUGCCGGAUUUGGACUUCGCCAUGAACCACUACGGCCAGCCGGAUGUGGCCAUGUUUGACUUCACCUGCAUGUAUGCCUCAGAAAACGCCGCCAUGAUCCGCCAGCGCCACGGACACCAGCUGCUGGUCGCUCUGGUGGGAGACAGCCUGCUGGAGCCCUUCUGGCCCAUGGGCACUGGCGUCGCUCGAGGGUUUCUGGCAGCUCUGGAUUCAGCCUGGAUGAUACAAAGGUGGGCUCAAGGUGGCGCUCCCCUGGAGGUACUGGCAGAGAGAGAGAGUUUGUAUAGGCUCCUCCCACAAACCACUCCAGAGAACAUGCAGAAGAACAUCAGCAUGUUCUCUGUGGAUCCAACCACCAGGUACUUGAACACCAGCUCGUUGGUCACACCUGCACAGGUGAGACACCUGGUGGACAAAGGCGAGGAGGCGGAGCCAAACACAAACCCAUACGACAUCACAGGGCUACCAACCCCCACAUUGCUUCAGGAAGAGACCUCCGCGUCCAAUCAGCUGCUGACCUGGUUUCAGGAACAGACUCAUGGUUACCGUGGUGUUUCCGUCAGCGACCUGACCCGGUCCUGGAAGGAUGGCCUCGCCCUGUGUGCUCUUCUCCACCGAUACCGUCCUGACCGGAUAUUCCUUCAGUCAGAGCGCUGACCUGAGAGCAGCUUUUGUGGUUCCAGCAUCGCUUCUCAGCAGGUUAGGAACCCAAACUUCCAGAAAGAGAACUCCAAAGGAGCUCAGUGACCAUCUGGACAAGAGGAGGAGGAGUCAGCUGAGCAAGGAGCCACAGGCCAGCAGUGAUGGAGGUGAAAGGUAUCCAGGUGGAACCGAAGGUUCUAGAGUCCGUCUGAUGGCCAAUCAACUGCAGGCAAAGCUGGACGAGGGCGUGGCCAUCUGCGCUGCUGCUGCUGCAGGGCAGCAGGCGGCGCCGCUGUCCCCUCCAGAGUCUGCAGACUGUCCACCAGCUCCACAGAAGUUGUCAUGGAAACCGAGGAAACGGACCCUCCAGCAGGAGCAGCUGAGCUUCCGCUUCAGGGAGAGGAUCCGGGGUCAGAGCGCCGCCAGCAGGAGCCAGCAGGUGUGUUCUCAGGAAGGGAGCUCAUUGGCUGAGCAGACCACUGACAAUGAACAGUCUUGCAGCCUCACUUGCUUCUUCUGCAAAGAGCGUCUGUACGUCAUCGAGCGUCUGACGGCGGAGGGGCUGUUCUUCCACCGCAGCUGCUUCACCUGUCACUCCUGUGGCUCCGCCCUCAGACCGCCAUCCUACACCUUCGAUCAGCACAGAGGGAGGUUCUUCUGUCUCCUUCAUCCUGACUGUCUCGGUUCUGCAGCAGUGAGGAAGAGGAGACCUUCCUCGUCUUCACAUAGGACUUCCAUGACUUCUCAGAGUUCUGGUCCACUCCUGUCAGACUCUGCGUUGUCCGGCGGGCGGCGGCGGUCCUCAGCUGCUUCCAUGACGGCAGCAACACCUGAGAGGAUCCAGCUGGAAAACCGCCGGCGCAGCUUGGAGGCGGAGCUCCGGGAGGAGCCUGAAGAAGUUUCUGAGGAGGUUCUGAAUCACGUCAACCUGGGCCUGGACCACGCCAUCCAGUUCUGGGGCAGGUCAGAGUCCAGCGUAGCGCUGGAGGCGGGGCUAAACAGAGGCACCUCCCCCAAAGAGCUAUGGAGGGAGGAGCCGCACGGCGAGGAGGAGGAGGAUGAAGGUAACAGGGGGGCGGAGUGGAGUGAAGAGGAGGAGCUUUGUCUUGAGGAACAUGCGGAUGCUGACUCCACCCCCACCCAACAGAAAGGCUGCACUUCCUCUACUGUCUUCUUUGAGACUCCGCCCACCAUAGACACUCCCUCCACGGCCUCCUUUUUCUCCACCCCGGAUUGUGCUUCUGAGCAAGGGAUCAUGGGAGUUGAGCUCUCACUCUGCGCCAGGGGCUGGGGUUCCUUUGAUGACAUCGCUGCCGCCCCCCCACACUCAAAGGCUGCUCCCCUGCAGAUAAGGGGGGUGGAGCCAGAGGAGGUGGGGCCUGAAUCAGACAGAGACACCUCCUGUGACAAAGUCAGAAAAAGCUUUCAGGAAGAUUCUAGUCCCCCACCAAGCACCCGCCCCCCGCCCCUGAAAAAACAUGGACAGGCUCCUCCCCCUGGAUGGGGGGACGUGGGAGGGGCUAAAGCCCUUUGGAAGGCGCUUCUUUUGGGAAACUCGAAGGAGCAACAAAGAAGCAGGAGAGCAGCCAAUCACAGGACAGGAGCAGCCCCGGGGGAGGAGUCGGGUCUAGACUCCACGAUGCUGCAGAGAUGUUCCCUGAAACCCAGAAACAAUGUAGGAACACCACACACUCACGGAACCGCGGCUGGACCGGCGCUGACGGUUCUUCUGUGGUUGCAGCUGCAGCUGGACCUGCUGGACCUCAUGAGUGAAAUCCAGAGAGUUUCUGUGCAGAACCACGAGGAGAACCAGAACCCGCAGGUCUCUUCACUGAACUACAUUCCACACGCUCUGGCCUUCAGGAGAUCUUACCUUCUCCAGAAACCACAGGUGGAAGACAGAGUCAGGAGCUCUGAUGGACGCUCCUCGUGUCUCACAGAGAUCGUGGGGAUUGUGGUUCCAGCAAAGGAACCAUCUAGUCUGAGCGUGAAAGAAACCCUGUUCCAGAACCAGAACCAAGAGGAGGACCCGGACGGGGAAACCGCUCAGAGGCUCCACAGAACCACCAGAAGACAGGCCAGGAAGAACCAGUUGAGGAGACUGCACAGAGCACAGAUGAUCCAGAGACAGCUGCAGCAGGUGGAGGAGACGCAGAGGCAUCUGGAGGAGAGAGGAGUGCAGGUGGAGAAAGCUCUGAGAGGAGAAGCAGGUCUCCAUCAUCUGGACGACCCGGUUCUGAUGCAGCAGUGGUUCCAGCUGGUCCGGCAGAAGAACUCUCUGAGUCGAUACGAAUCCGAACUCCUGAUUUUCGCUCGUGAGCUGGCGCUGGAGGACCGGCAGAGCUGGUUGCAGCAGCAGCUCCGGGACCGGAUGGCCGUGGACGACCACCUGAAGGGGGAGGAGCAGCUGGCGGUGGAGCGCCGGAUGCUGGAGGAGAUGCUGGAGCUGGUGGAGCAGCGGAACGCGCUGGUGUCUCUGCUGGAGGAGCAGCGGCUGCAGGAGCGCCAGGAAGACCUGGACCUGGAGCGGACGAUGGUGACCGGAGGACCUGGACCUUACUGGACCUGGACCAGCUGACGGUGACGGAGGACCUGGACCUCACUGGACCUGGACCGGCUGAUGGUGACGGAGGACCUGGACCUUACUGGACCUGGACCAGCUGACGCUGACGGAGGACCUGGACCUCACUGGACCUGGACCAGCUGACGCUGACGGAGGACCUGGACCUCACUGGACCUGGACCAGCUGACGGUGACCAGAGGACCUGGACCUCACUGGACCUGGACCCGAUCCACGCCAGAACCCAUCCCAAAGGAGGAUAGAAGCCGCCGCAGAGGCGUCUCCUCUGACCUUCUGUGCAUUUGGUUUGUGAGUGAAAUGGGCGGAGUCAGGUCCUGUCACCUCCUCCAGCCGUGGUUGUGGCAGAGCAGUGCACGCUCUGCAGCCGCUGUCUGCGCAGACUGUCUGCGUCUGCGCAGAUGUAGAGGAGCAAUGAGCUGCAGCAGAACGUCCUCCUGACAUCAGUGAUCAACCAGACCUGCUGCAGUAAAGAUGAAGGCGUGGUCACAUGGUCAGAGCAUCAUCCUGCUCGCCGUUUGUGCCGUCAGCCGCGGAUCACCUGUCUGCCUUACCAGUCAUGUGACUGUGAAGGUGUCCUGGUGCUGAGAGUUUCAGUCCAGCGUCAGACACCUGAAGGACAGGUACAGUGAAGUCUUGCUUUUUGAUGAUUGGCUGAACUCUCAGGACAAGAACGCUGAAACUGAACUCAAGAAAAGUUUAAAUAAAGUUUUGAUCCAGAAACGUGUGUGAAAACAUGAACUGAAUUCUGAGAAACUCUACGAACGUUACAACCUGUGAAACACACGUGAUGAAACCUGGUUUCAACACGGCUUCAUCACAAACCCACAUGUUGAAAAUGUGUUGAGACACUCAUGAUGAAACCCACAGCUGCCUGUCCUCCAGCAGAACCUCCCAGCAGACCCGUCCUCCGGGUCGGCCUCAGCUGACCCGCUGUCUGGAGGGUCACGGGUUCAUCCGGGAGGAUUCUUCUCUCAGCAGGAAGCUCGCUGCUCUUCCUCGUUUCUUCCAUCAGAACUCCUCCGCUCCACUGAGGUCUUUACUGCUUCAGAGUUCUGUUACUCAUUCAGUGACAGCGGGUCCAGUGGAAGUUCUGGUUCUGUGGAACCCUCCAGAUUCAAACCAAUUCAAACUGGCUGUUCAUCAGAGCAACAACAGACGACAGGAAGUGACUUAUUAAAGGCGAAAAAACUGAGCCAUUGGGUUUACACUGGUUUCUAGUGGAUAGGGUUCAGAUCCUGAAACAAUUGUUUGUCUAAUGUUCUUGAUUUGGUCCCUGAAGAAUUUGGAAAAGUCAUUACAGGCUUUGGUGGAGUAAAGUUCUGAACUUCCUGCUGAGACGUUGAGGUCUGGAUUCUAUUUCUAGUGAUUUUAUCGUUCUUCGGUUCUGAAGCUGAAACAUGGAGAAAGCUCAGCAGGAACCACUGACAGUCCAUGAGAACUGGACUGAGUGAUGUUACCCAAAGACCAAAUGAAGUCGCUUCAGCCAUCUUUUGGACGCCGCCAUAUUGGAGCCACGCCAGGUCAGUGAGUCAUCGUUUCUAUGGCAACCACUCUCAACCAAUCAGGAGUGAGCUUGUUUGAAGGCCAUGCCCAUUCUACUGAAAGCAGGCUAAAUUACAUUUUUCAAAGACGGCAGUCUCCGCCCACUUUUACUGAGGCUUCUGAUUGGUCAGUUUAUGACUUGAAUAACUUAAAAAGAUGUAAUCAGAUCCACAAUGUUGAUUCUGACCAAUAGGAUGACGGAUAACAGAUGGUUAUUUCUACAUAGAAGUCCAUGAUUCUGUUUGGAACACCAGGGGGCGUGGCUACUCAGUCCAGCUCUCUAUAUACAGUCAAUGAUCUCCACUUGAGCUUAGGAACUUGUCUUCAUUCCUUCAGUCGACUUGGUGAGGGUUCGUCUUGGAGGUGUGGCUCCAACAAAUGUUUCCUGUCUGACCGCAGGAGUGGGUGGAGCCAGACAGGAAAGAAGGCGGAGAAUCGUGAUGAUAGCGGCAAAGCAGCUCUUUGUUCUCUGAAACUCUCUCUGAAGAGUUCUGUUCCCUCCAUGAACUCAGACAUCUGCCUGGUUCUGAUCCAGAAAGCUCACCCCAGUGAUCGUUUGGCCCCUCCCACUCAUUUUCAAAGCUCCUUCUCUCUAAACUGGACCUUAAAGAACCAACAAAAUUGUAUUUUUUUAUGUAUUCAUCUUAAUCUUUUACAUUCUAACUCCAGUGUCUUCCUCUGAGAGAUCCUCCACAUCAGUGGUUGACCUUUCUCAGUGAACGGGUCGCUGCAGUGGGACGUCCCGGGUCUUAGCUUAGAUCUGGGGGGUCCUGUAGUAGCAUACUCUGUGACCUUGAUUGGGGGGUCACUGGUGUGGACAGGUCCCUGAAAUAUUGUUUCCUCACUGCAGUACAAAGCCAGAUUUCUAGAUUUCUGUUUUCUAUCUUUUUAGUAUUUAUUUAUUUAUUCUUUCACGGUGUGGCAAGAUGUCGAUGUGUGUGUGGAGGGGU